AUACCCUGUCCGCCAUAACAAUUCACUUGAAGUCGGAAACGGAAGGAACCACUCACCACUUCCAGGCAUUCAGCUUCUGACGUUUUGCUUAUAUAUUCACUAACAUACAUACACACAAAUAAACGAAGAGCACAGCGAAGAGGAAAGCUUAUGAGCCUCUAAUUGAAUGUCAAUAACAAAAACUUGAAAUGACGCGCUUUUACUGCGUCUAGCUAUUUUAAAAAAAGCUUUCGCUAAAGCUUGUGCCAAAGCUUUUCACGUUUAAUGUUGCUGCUGAUGCUUGAUUAACGCGCACACGGCUGCUGCCGUCCUUGUUCUUCAAAUGAUUUUUUAAGGCCAAGUGCAAGUGACGAACCAAACUUCGCCUCGUCCGCAACGCGUUCACAACUGCAGCUGUUCGAAAAAAUCAAAGUGGUUGUGCCUUAAUGGCUAUGAGUGCAUGUGUGUAUGCCAUACAUGGAAAUGAGCACAAAAGAACGUGCAAAACUUUACUUAGUUUUUACACAUUCCGCUUUGCGUUGAUUUUCGUGAAUCCAGAACAUUUACGCUGCGCGCACUCCGCGACUCCAGCAGUUACACAGCGCCAUAGCUUACCAGCAUAACAGCCAAACAGCGCUCCAUCACAGCAACAGAGACACCACAAGUAUAUCCUCAUUGACAGUGCGACUGACUUAGUGCUCGUUUUUUAUUCUUUUCCUUCUUGUUCUUCCCAUAUGUGUGUAUGUAUUUUUUGUCUUUAUUUUUAGUAUAACGUGAAUGUGUGUGUGCCGUAUAUUCUUGUUUUGUCACUGUGUUUCUGUGUCGCUGCCAUUGUUCGUCUGGUUGGUGUUGUUGGUGUAUAUUUCGUGCCCUGUCUUCUAUCGCCUAUCGCACAUUGUGCGCUGUGUUCCUCUACAUUCUCUGGCCUGUGUUCCCGUUCCGUUCGCAUUCGUGUCAGUCGAGAUUGAGAGUGCGAAUUUGGCCUACAGACCUAAUUUUCUGUCUGCAGCCAAAACAAACCCAAUUAAAUACCGAAAAAUCGCGUUGAAAUUUAAGUGAACUAUUUAAAUAAACUAAUAAACAAGUGCUACGCAAUGUGAGGCGACAAUUCGAUGAGCGCAUACAAUAAAAAAUACGCAAUUAAAAAGUAAGCAAGCGUUUUCUUCACCACUUCAUUGGUGUGAAUUGUGCGAAUUGCACAAUUGUAGCAAACUUUUUUUUACUGCCGCUUCCACUCUACACCAAAAAAAAUAAAAUAAAAUAAAAGUACACAAAUUAAAGUAGUGAAGUUGAGCAAUGCCUGGUGUUUAGGUGGCGGAGUGCGGCGAAGUGUGUUAGUAAGGAAUUAUCGCGUACGCGUUCGGGAGCAACCGCGAGGUGCGCGCUACAUACGUUUGGGAGCGUGUGUGUGUGUGUAGGUGCAUGUAAAGUAGUUGGUGUUGCGAAUAAUGUGCAUUGUUGUUAUUGUGUCAUAGGUCUCAUAUAUGUACAUAUAGAUAUAUAGCUGUAUGUAUGUAUGUAUGCACCCCUCCCACAGCCACUAGCGCAUUCAGUGCUUCCAAGCUGCUGACAUAUGUAUGUGCACAGCGCUGUGUGCGCGCUUGCAGCUGUGUGUAUACGAGUCUCAGGCGGGCGGCGAAGUCAGACGACGAGUCGAUAACUAGUUGUGACCGCUGCUGCUACAGCUGCAAGAUAUCUUUUGAAUUGGACUGCAAUUUGCAAUGCCAUUCUGGAGCUUUCGCAGCACUGCGAGAUUAGUGUUCCUAGUAAUUGUGCGCUAAUAAAUCGAAAAAGAAAAGCAAUAAUUAACGAAAAUAAACGCAUAACGCACAUAGCAAAGCGGCCAGUGUACAGUGCGCUCAUGAUAUUCAUCCGCCGCGGUGUACCGCAUGUGAAAAAAAUGUACAUAAUUCAAAUAAGAAAACGGUGUAAAGUGUAUAAACUAAUAUAAGCUGUGCAAGAAAGCUUCAAGCAAGGCAAGAGUGCGUGAAAAACAGUGCAAGUUCAUGUGCGAAACAUACAUACUACAUACACAUGAUAUAUGAAGGAAGUGUAUACAGCUAGAAGAACAGAUGUGAAUGCGCUGUAAGAGUAUUCCUGCAGGCAGACAGUCGGUAAGGUGAACCCAAGUAACCAGCACGUUUGGUAGUGUUUUAUAUCGUGACGCAGAGGCAAUGGUGGGGCCAACACAGCUAGCAACAACAACGGGAUCCAAGUGAAAGGAAGAAACACCAAUUUGAUUGGUAGGUUAGCUGCUUGGUAUGCUGGUACUAGCAACUGCUAGAUGCUGUAGCACAGUGCAUGAAUAUAGCCAUAGUAGUGCGAAAAUAUUAUAAGGAAGAGGAAGAGGCAUACGCAUUGCCAGCACAUCCGUGUCCGUGUAUAUCGCUAAGUUGCUAUGCAUAGAGAACAUUACGCAGGCGAAGAAGAAGCAGUCAGUAAAUUCAUACACACAUGCAUAUAAAUCAACGUGUGUUGGAAAAUAGAGGGGUCAGUGCGGAAAUACAUGCACAUACAUACAUACUAACACACAGACAUACCACAAACCUACUGUGGUGAUAUAUACAUACUGACAAACGCGGUGUACUCGCACGGCGAGCUUUUGCAGCCAGCCAGCUCACAGGCGGAAACUGUUGCUUGAAUAGAACGAAGCGUAAAGCAAAGCAAAUAAAUAUUGUGGUUGGCAAUAAGAAAAUACGAACGGGGGUAACGGUGGUGUGCAGCGGACGUACAAUACUAAAAUCCACUAAGCACAUGCAUAUAUGCGCAUACCGUAAGCAUUGCAAAAGCUAGCAGCCAGUUAGUUAGCCAGUCAGCGUGUGCGAGCGAGACAGCGCGUUUGACGUGAGCGCCCAAUAACUUUUAUGUACCUGCGACCCAACAAAUUUACAUGUAAAAACAAAGCUAAAUUUUAUAAACUCCAUAUAAGUGUUUUCAACGCUUCGUCCUGCAAUGGACGGUUACAACGUUCCAAUGUUGUCCGAUAGUGGCUAUAGUAGUAAUAAUAACAACAACAUACAAACACAUACCCAUCAUCACAAAGAUCAAAUGCUUAGCGCUGGCAGUGCCCCAGCCACACCCUUCCUAUAUGAAAUGCCCGGCAGCCAUAAGACCAUCAGCCAUCAACUAACGGGCAAUCUGAAGACGACCAGCGACUAUGCCGCCUUCACCAAUUGCAUACAACAAUCAGCGCUGCUCGAUCAGCGCACAGUGGAUGCGUCCAAUAUCGAUGCUGUGUCGCUGAGUAGCCUUUGUGACCUGAAAUUCCCCAACUCACCGACGGCGGAAAGUAGUUUUAAGAAUAUCUCACUCAUCAAUAUCGAGGCUAAUCAUGUAUUGGUGCCAGCGAAAAGCAUCGCUACGAACGAUUUGAUUAACGAUGGCAAUGGCGUUGAGGCGACCUUUUCGAAUAUUUUAUAUGCCAAGGACGAUAUAGUUAUAGAGACGAAGGAUAUGCCGCGCAGCGACGCCGCGCAGGUGACCCACGUGACGCACUACUUACCCCUGAAACUCAACAACAACAAUAACAACAGCGCUGUUGAGCAGAAAUUUCCAAAGGCCACAGUCACGGUCACGGCUGUGGCUGCAACUGUGCCGACUGCUGGCACUACGACUGUUGCGCCAGCGAUAGCGGUGAGUGUGCCCAAUUCCAGUGCGAUGACUGCAAUGCCGUACAGUACGACGGUUGCUGGCGGUGCUGCUGGUGGGGGUAGUAGAAGUAGGAGCACUAGAGGCGGUCGGGGGACGAGAGGACAUGCCAAUAAUAGAAAUGGUCGUACAACUACAAAUCGCCUGCAUCAGCAACAACCACAACAACAACAGCAGUUGCAGUCCCAGCCAGCAGAAGCUCUUGGCAGCCCCGGUGUUGCGUCAGCGAGCACCGACUAUUUGACUACGAAUGCUGGAAAUAAUUUCAAUGUUACGGUAGUUAAUAAUCAGGUCAACAGUAAUCAUCACAACCACUCAACAGAUAAUCAAAUCACAACAACAACAACAACGUCCACAAAUGUAGACACUGCCAACAGUAAAGUCAUCACACACGGCAUAAAUAAUUUCAUCAGCAACAACAAUCACAGCCAGAAUUCUAGCGCCAGUGGUAGUAAUGGUACUGGUAUUGGUAAUGUUAUCGGUACUGCUAUUGGUAAUCCAAGUAAUAGCAGCAACAGCAAUAAUAACAGCAACAGUAACAACCAUAACAACAAUAGUUGUAGCAACAAUGUACAAAAUAUUAACAGUAUUGCAACAAUGAGCCAAAACCGGGCCACGGUUUUGCAAAGUGUUGAAGGGGUGACGCUGGCCAAUUCACCCACUCAACGGCCUGGUGCAGUAAUUGUAUCCACAUGUGUUCCCGAAGGCAGCUGCAAUAGCAAUAGUAGUAGUGUCAAUAUAAAUCUAAAUAAUACCAACAACAACAAUAAGACUGUUGGCAGUAGUACAAUGUCACCAAGUUCCAUGGAGUUAUUAAAAGAGCCUGAGCUUCAGCAAUCACAACUACAACAACAGGAGCAACAACCACUAUUGCACUCGUCAAGCGUUGAUUGUGAUUCAUUAUCCUCCAUGGAUGAUCUGUUAGAUGAUCAGGAGAUAAGUGAAGCCAGUUUCGGUUAUCAAGACAAUACGUCUUCGCAUUCGCAGCAGAGCGUUAGCGGUGGCGGUGGUGGCGCUGGUGGUGGCGGCGGCGGUGGUAGUAGUACCAGCAGCAAUGCCACCAAUGUUGUGCUGCUUAAUGGCAGCAAUCCGAAUGCUACCGGCGGUUAUAUGACACUCCUGCCACCGGCCACGUCCAGUGGCCAUAUGGGCAUGUCGUCGGGUGGCACUGGCGCUAGCGCUGGUGGCUCAGGUGAGGGUAUCGAUUUCAAGCAUUUGUUUGAGGAAUUGUGUCCCGUUUGUGGUGAUAAAGUGAGCGGCUAUCAUUAUGGUCUGCUUACGUGUGAGUCGUGUAAAGGUUUCUUCAAGCGCACCGUGCAGAAUAAGAAGGUCUACACGUGCGUCGCCGAGCGUUCGUGUCACAUCGACAAGACGCAACGUAAGCGCUGUCCCUACUGCAGAUUCCAGAAGUGUUUGGAGGUUGGCAUGAAACUUGAAGCUGUGCGAGCGGAUCGGAUGCGUGGUGGACGCAAUAAAUUCGGACCUAUGUACAAACGUGAUCGGGCGCGAAAACUGCAAGUCAUGCGGCAGCGGCAACUCGCCCUCCAAGCGCUGCGCACAUCCAUUGGUUCGGUUGAGAUGAAGUCGUCACCACUCUCGCCAGGAUACCAACAACAAUAUCCGAACAUGAAUAUAAAGCAAGAAAUUCAAAUACCUCAGGUGUCCUCACUCACACAGUCACCGGAUUCAUCGCCCAGUCCCAUCGCCAUUGCGCUCGGACAGGUCAACACGAGCGGUGGUGUGAUAUCGACGCCCAUGAAUGGCGGCAAUGGCAGCAGCAGCGGCGGUGGUGGUGGAGGCGCUGUUGGUGGCGGUGGCAGCGGCAAUGGCGGCAACACCGGCACCAAUAACAGCAACAACACCAGCAGCGAUGGACUCAACCGCAGUGGCAGCGGCAAUUGUCAUGACACUGGAACUGGAUCUCUGCAGAAUGCGUCCGAAUCGAAAAUUUUCGACUCUGGCACGCAUCCUUCAAGCACAGCCGACUCCAUCAUCGAGCCGCUCAGGGUGUCACCGAUGAUACGUGAUUUCGUGCAAUCGAUAGACGAUCGAGAAUGGCAGACCCAGCUCUUUGCGCUGCUACAAAAACAAACCUACAAUCAAGUGGAAGUUGAUCUCUUCGAGCUGAUGUGCAAAGUAUUGGAUCAGAAUCUGUUCUCACAAGUGGAUUGGGCUAGAAACACAGUCUUCUUCAAGGAUCUUAAGGUUGAUGACCAAAUGAAAUUGCUGCAGCAUUCCUGGUCCGAUAUGCUUGUGCUCGAUCAUUUGCAUCAACGAAUACACAAUGGUCUACCCGAUGAGACGCAAUUGAAUAACGGUCAAGUGUUCAAUCUACUGUGGUUGGGCCUGCUCGGUGUACCGCAAUUGGCUGACUAUUUCAAUGAGCUGCAAAAUCGUCUGCAAGACCUCAAAUUCGACAUGGGCGAUUAUGUGUGUAUGAAAUUCCUAAUACUACUCAAUCCAGAUGUGCGUGGUAUUGUCAAUAAGAAGACGGUCUUGGAGGGUCAAGAGAAUGUACAAGCUGCGCUACUGGACUACACGCUGACCUGUUAUCCAUCAGUGACGGAUAAAUUCCGGCGGCUACUCAGCAUACUGCCUGACAUCCAUGCGAUGGCUUCGCGAGGCGAAGAUCAUCUCUAUUCGAAACACUGCGCCGGUAGUGCGCCCACACAGACGCUACUCAUGGAAAUGUUGCAUGCAAAACGGAAAGUAUAAAUCCGCUGGGCCUACUUAUAAAUGUACACAUGUAAAGGAAGGAUUGUUCAACAUAGAUAUAUAUGUAUAUGUAUGUAUGUAUGUAAGAGGACGACGAAAGCGCUUCAAAUGCGGCAGGCGGCAAUUUCGGAGGGUUGUCGAAUGACGCGGAAUAAAAUCCAGGGUUGGUUUUUAGUUUUAAAUCAUAAGAAAUAAAGUUAAAAUAUAAAACAAAAACAUUUAACAGUAAACAAAAACACAAAAAAAACAACAAUUGGUAUGUUAAGCUACAAACACAUAUACGAUAGAGCUGCAUAUAUAUAUAUAUAUAUAUUUACAUGCCUAGAGAGUAAUUUAUUAGCACUUGGAACUUACGUUAUUCCCAUUCACCAAUGCAAUUCAACUGCAGAAUGUAAAAACAAAAACAAAAAAUACAAAAAAAAAAGAAACAGAAACAGAUGAAACGUAGAACGAAUGAGCGAGCAGCGCGUAGAUGUAUGUAUGUUUACAGUUAAGGCAGAGAAAGAUAAAUAAUAUAUUUUUCAAAUGGAUAUAUAUGUAUAUUGAUAUAGCUUAAGCGUUUAUUCAUAUUAAAAUAUUAAAUGAUAUAUAGAUAUAUAUAUACACAUAUGUAUGUAUAUGUGUAAAUGUAUGUAAUUGUAUUAUAAGCAAAAGUAACGGAGAAGCAACACAGCAAACAAUGUGUUCGAAAAACCUUUUAAAUUGUUAAGCAUUCAAAUCGUAAACUUCUAUGCCUAAAUUUAGUACAACAAAAACAAGUAAUGUAUCUGUAAACAAACCACUUAUUCAUAAUUACUAGAAAACUAAGCAAAAAAUUGCAGAAAAAUGCUAAAAGCAAACUAAAAAUCGCAUCGCAAAUCAAUGCUGAACGAAGGACGAAAGCUGUGCGUGUAUUGUGUGUGUAUGUGUGUACAUAGAUAAUAAUUAUUUUAUAAUAUUUUUUGGAAGCAACAAAUACCCGAGGAGACCCAAAAAGCUUUUUGACGAAGAAUGAUUAAUUUUUAAAAUUUGUACCUGACCUCAGAGUAAAGUUUGUAUUUAAAGAAAGAAAAUUGUAUAGAAAAAUCUUCCAGAAAUUGCUAAAUAUUACGGUGGUUAUGCAAAGUGCAACAGCUGUUGUUCAAUUAGAAGAGAAAGCUAGCAGAAACAUUUUUGAGGUUAGAAUGCAAAAAAAAAACAAUAAAAACAGAAUUUGUAUAUUUUAAUUAAUUUCAAUUCAAUUUAAUAAGAAAAUAUUGACACAUUUUAAUUAAUUUCACAGGAACAGGGCAGGAACAUUUGUUGUGGUUAUAGCGUGUAAAAUUCAAUAUAAAUAUUUGUUUGCUUUGAUUUAUUUCGUAAAUGAGAGUUUUUUUUUCGAGCGAAAAACAUGCAAAAGGUCAGAACAAAACGUUUGUUUGUUUCUAUGUUUUAAUGUUGAGUGCAACAGGCUGUAAUGAAAAAAUUUAAAUCAUGCAAUAUUGUAAAUAUUAAAAAGAAUAAAUGGCUUCACUAUUUUUUUCACCAUUUGUUCAAAAUUUAUAAUUUUUCUAUAAUUUUUUUAAUUUACGAUUUUAUAGCAUUUGUUUUCAAUGUUUUUUUUAACUUUAUCUAUUUUUAGUUUUUAACAUGGUUUUUCUGAUUUUUAAUUUAACUUUUUACGUCUUUGUUUUUUUUUUGUUUUUUAAUUUAUCAGAAAGCUGUUUAUUAGUUAAUUAAUUAAUUUUUUAUUUUGUUAGCUCUGUUUUAUUUUAAAUUUUGAAAGAUUUUGAAUCAAGUAUUAUUUUUUGUCAUAUAUAUUUAGUUUUUUUAAGACUUUAAAUUGAACUGUUCAGUGCUUAUAAACAAUAUUCACAUUUUAAAACUUUUUAUUAUUGACAAAAGAUUGGCAUAGAAAUUACAAAAAAUGUGUAUAAAGCUCGCAGUAAAUAAAAAAAGGGAAUUAAAAAAUAUUUUUACAAAAUUCGUUUAUAUGGUAUUUUGAAAAGUUUUAUCUAAAAUAUCAUUUAUUACGUUUUGGCGGGAACUUUUUGGGACACAAUUUUUUUAAAUCUAUUUUUCAUUUUGUUAUUAUUUUAAUUUUUUUAUUUAAUUUUAUUAUUAUUAUUUUUUUGAUUACUAAUUAUUAUUAUUUUAUUUUGCUUGCCAAUUUCUUGAAAAUAUUCUAUGUUCGUUUCAAAGAAAAAUAAUUAUUUCAAAAUUUAAACUUAAAAAAAUAAUUAAACUUACUAUACACCAACAUACAUAUACAUAUAACCCAACUCCGUGCUUUUUAUUAGGGCAACCUUUUGACAAAGAUUUUUAAAUUAUUACUUGCUUCUUUUAUUUUUUAAAAGAAAUGUGUGAAAAAAAGCAGCCAGAUGCAUAGCUUUGAAACCGUGCAGUAAAUAUGAAGCAGGAAAUAAAAAGUAGGGUUAAGAGUUGCCAUGUUUCAAAGUUUCUAGUUCAAUAAUUUAAACGAAAAUGGUUUAAAAAAAUUUGUAUUUUCACGCUUUUAGACAAUUUUCACAGUCACUUGGUUUAAAGCACUUGUCUGGUUAACGAGAUUCAGACAAUAAUUGUCCUUACGGCCUCUACUUCAUCACAUAUUUUUCCGCCAAUUUUAUUUUAAUUUAAAAAAUUAUUUAUUUUUACAUCAAAAACUUUAAAUUUUUUAUUUUAUAUGUAUGUACAUAUAUUAACGUUUUUUAUAUGCUUUUCAAGAUUAAAAUUUUUUUUAUUUGCAUUUUAGAUUUUUUUUUUCAAUCAAAAAUGUAUAUAUGUAUGUAUGUACAUACACAAACGCGCAGCUUUCGUAAAAAGAGUAAAAAGUGAUUGAAAACAAAAAAAUUAUAUACAAAAAUCCAAAAAAAGUAAAGAAUUAUAAAAACUUUUGCUGCUUAUAAAUGUGUAAAUAAAGUUAACUACCUGAUUUUUUCGAAAAAUUUAAGCUAAAAAAUAUAAAAAAUAAUGUAUACAAUAAAAAAGCUGUACACAAAAUUAUAGAUAUAUGCAUAUAUGUAAAAAGUACUAAAACAAAACACGAACGAAAAAAGUAAAGAAAAAAUCCAAAUACAUAUAUACAACCACACUUGCAUAUAUAUAUAAUUAUUUACUAAAUUUGUUGACGAUUGUAUGAUUAAUGUUAAAUAGUGUUCUAAUGUUAUUAAUUGUUAUAAUUAGUGUAUUAUAUAUAAUGUACAUUUACAUACAUACAAUAUACGUAUAUACUAUAUAUGUAUGUAUGUAGUAGAUAUAUAUGUAAUUAGGGCUUUAUUGGUUUAAGUAGUUUUUUACUCGCAAAUUUUUGAAAAGUUCAUGAAAAACGUUUUGUUGUUGUUGUUUUUUUUUCUUUCACUAUUUUUUUAUAUAUAUAUACAUAAUUACACACACAAACAAAUACAAUUGAUGCUCUUUUAAGCGAUUUUGUGUCUUUUUCUUAUUUCAAAAAAUCAUUCUAUAAAUAUUAUUAUUACUAUUAUUAUAAAUAUAUGUGUAUGUUUGUAUAUUAACUUUAAGGUUUAUAAUAGUAUAGGUGUACAAAAUAAAUAAUGACGAAUAAAGCAAAAAUUAUUUGAAAAUAAUGCAAAACAAAAUUUUAGCUAGAAACCUUUGCUCCCGACAAAACAAAAACAACUAAAUUACAAAAACAACGCAAUUAACAGUAAUUUAUUUCAAAGUGUCCUAAGCGUUGUUGUUGUAGUUGCAGUGCGCUUAUAAAAUAAGAGCAAUGCAUUUGCGGCAACACAAAUUCACACAUACUCGUACACACCACACACACUUACAUAUAUGUAUACAUACUGUCAAAUGCCUAACUGUUUUGUAUGCUUACUAAAUUGUUUAUAUUCAAAAGCCAAUAUGCGUGUAUGUUUGUUUGUAAGUAUGUAUGUGCAAAAGUAUUAUUUUUUUCUAUCAUUAACCUUUGUGUUCAACGAAUAAUUGUUCAGCUGCAAUUAUGGGCAUGCAUACCUAUGCAAAAAAAUUCAAAUGAGGUGAUUAAUAAAAGGUUUGAAACUAAAGUAAAAAAUUAAAAAUUAAGAAAAUAAUAAUAAAUAAAAAUAAAUCAAGUAAAAAUUUAAAAAAAAUAAAUUACAAAAAAUUAAGAUUAAUAUAAAUUUAAAAAAUAAAAUUCAAAAUUAAAAUUUUUAAAAUACAAAAGUGCAUAUUUAAAGUAUAUACAAAUAUACAUACAUAUGUACAUACACGGAAGCAACUAGUUUUUAUUGAAAUAUAACACAAACACUCCCCACUGCUAUUACUUACUGGCUAAAGUGUAGUUUUCUCAGCUAUAACAUUAUGUUAAAUAAAUAUAUGUAUACAUACAUACAUAUAUGCAAACAUGCAUAUUAAAGUUAGAAAAGAAAAUUAAUGUAAGUGAAGCGCGUACCUUAUAAUUACAUCAAGUGAUCAAGUUAUGUUUAUACAUAUAUACAUAUGUAUGUUGAAUUCAAAAGGUAAUGAGAAAAUGGAGGGUAAUGCAAAAAAGCAACAACACAUUGGCAGAAUCUACGCUAGUGGAAAAAAAUUUUUAAAAAAUGUUUUAUAAACGGUUUUUAUUUAAUUAUUAAAUUUUUCUUGACUUUUUAAAUUUUUUUUUAGAAAAUAUAAAAAAACAAAACAUUGACGCAAUACAUACGUCAACAUUAUUGGAAAAAAAUUUAAAUACCAAAAAUUUUGAAAUUAAUUUUUCUUGGUCUUUUUAAUUUUUUUAAGUAAAUGCAAAAACAGCAACCAAAAUUUUGAAAUUAAUUUUUUAAUUUUUCUUGGUAUUUUAAAUUUUUUUAGGUAAAUGCAAAAACAGCAGUAUAUAUGCACAUUGCUAAGAAAAAUAUUAUUGGAAAAAAUUUAAACCCAAAAUGUUGUUUCUUUUUUGAAAAAAAAUUAUUUAUUUUUAAUUUUUACAUUGUUGAUUUUUGUUAAGUUAUUGCAAAAAAAACAACAGAUUGGCGGAACAGAUGUUGAAAUGUUUUUAGAAAAAAUUAAAUAAGUAUUUUGCAAAAGCAAAGCAGUUGGUUGGGCAUAGCAAAUAAGGCAGUUGUAGAGAAACAGCAGAUAAAUAUAAAAUGACAAGAAAAUAGCAUGACAUAAAUAAAAAUAAGUGUCAUGUGAUUGAAACUAAAAAUUUCGCAAUACAAAAACCAAUAAAAAUGUCAAAGCAAAGAUUUCAGUUUAAAAAAAUGUCAUGUAAUACAAAAUGAAAAUAUCAUGAAAUAAAAAAACAUAUGUCAAGGGAAAAAAGUUUGGGCAUAACGCACUAGUAGGCAUGUGCGGAAGCUCAAAGCGCCCACCAAAAAACACACACUCGCAUAUGUUUACAUGGGCAAGUGUGAAGAAAGCAAAUACACAUGUGUCUUUUGUAUGCGAGUGAGUGUGUACAACAGUGAUACUACUAGUGCAGUUCUGCCAGUUUGUAUAUGUGUAUGUAUGUUUGGCAAAGCGUGUCAGAGUGUUAUGUACAUAUGUAUGUAUGCAUGCAUGUAUGUAAGUCCUUUGCUGUAGUUGUGCAUAAAAAUUUAACUGUUAUAUUAUUUAAGAAUAACUGUACGAUUAAGAAAAAAUUGAAAAAAAGAAAAACUAGAACAAAAGCAACAUAUACAUACUUGUAUGUAUGUAUGUAGUGAACAUGUGUAUAUUAAAAAAAAAACAAGAAACCAAGAGCAGAAAAAUUAUAUUAAAAACAACAAAAAAAAAACAAAUAUACAUAUACAUAUAUAUUAGAACAAAUUAAGAAUAUAAUAUAGUUUAUUAAAUUUAAAGUAAAAAAAAAACAACUACAAAAUAGGCAUUGUUGAACACCGUGUAACGAAAUGAAAAAUGUGAACCUGUUAAAAAAGUGAUUUUAAAUAUAAGCAAAA